UCCUCCUCUCAGAGCUCAGUCCGGUUCUGGAGGAGCGCAGGGGUAGAAGCUCGUGUUAAAGCCCCCCCACUGCAGAUCCCACCCCCACCGGAUCCCGAGACAUGCGGACCCCCCGCCGCGCCCUGUCCCACCACCGCCGGCCGCGAGCCCCGCCGCAGUGAUGGUGAAGGAGUCGGCUAACGGCGAGGUGUUCCCGCCUCCCGCGGGGGCUGAGCGGCGGGUGAAGGUGGGCUUCGUGGGGCUGGAGCCGGGCGCUGCGGACACUGGGCGGGACGGCACGCUGCUGAUCGGCGCGGCGGAGAGCUCAAAGCGCGGGAUCCUCAGCAGGAAGCGCUCGGUGAGCGGAGGCGGCGGCCGCGGGGCGCACAAGAGGAACGCCGGUUACCGGAGACUGCAGAACUUCCUCUACAACGCGCUCGAGAGGCCGCGCGGCUGGGCGUUCAUCUACCACGCUUACGUCUUUCUGCUGAUCUUCUCCUGCCUUAUCCUCUCCGUGUUUGCUACGAUAAAAGAGUUAAAAAAAAGCUCAGAGAGUGCCUUGUACAUUCUGGAAAUCGUCACCAUUGUGGUGUUUGGUGUGGAGUAUAUAGUACGAAUAUGGGCUGCUGGAUGCUGCUGUCGUUACAGAGGAUGGAGAGGGAGGCUGAAAUUUGCCCGCAAGCCUUUCUGUGUUAUAGACAUCAUGGUGCUGAUUGCGUCAGUGUCGGUGUUGGCGGCCGGAUCACAGGGCAACGUGUUUGCCACCUCAGCCAUUCGCAGUCUGAGGUUUCUCCAGAUCCUCCGUAUGCUGCGUAUGGAUCGGCGAGGUGGAACGUGGAAACUGCUGGGCUCUGUGGUGUAUGCACAUAGCAAGGAGCUCAUCACUGCAUGGUACAUUGGCUUCCUCUGUCUCAUCCUGGCCUCUUUUCUGGUGUACUCAGUGGAGAAGGAUGACAAUGCCGAGAUGUUUGAGACCUACGCUGAUGCUCUGUGGUGGGGGCUGAUCACUUUGACCACCAUCGGCUAUGGGGACAAAUUUCCUAUCACAUGGAACGGGCGUCUGAUUGCUGCAACUUUUAGUUUGAUUGGAGUGGCCUUCUUUGCACUUCCAGCAGGUAUCCUGGGUUCAGGGUUUGCUCUGAAGGUCCAGGAGCAGCACAGACAGAAGCACUUUGAGAAGAGAAGGAACCCUGCUGCAUUAUUUAUUCAGUCUGCCUGGAGGUUUUAUUCCACGAACCUCACAAGAAGUGACCUGCUGGCAACGUGGGACUUUUUUGAACAAACUGUGUCAGUCCCAAUGUACAGGAUAAUUCCUCCUCUCAAUCAACUGGACCUCCUGCGCAGUCUGAAGGGAAAAUCUGGAUUCAGAAAGGACUCCCAGCUUGAAACGUCUUUUAGUAGUGAGGUUUCACAAAGUGGAACUUGCUGUGGGUGUUGCCCAAGAAGCCAUAGUCGUAAGGCAAGUCUAAAAGAGAAGAUAUUCGCCAGCCCAUCUAAGAGUACGAUAGGAAAGGAUACUGGAGCCGAAGAAGAAGCAGAGAACAGUCCGAGCAAACUGCAGAAAAGCUGGAGCUUUACUGAACGCAACAGAAACAAACAAAACAACAAGAUUAAAGAAGGAACUCGACAAACCAAUGAAGUGCUGAUUGAGAUGCAGGAUGAAGACAUCGGAUUGAAGAGGUCUCCAGCAAUUGAGGGGUUGAUCAAAGCAAGUCUCCCUGAGGAACUUGGAGAUGACAGGACUUGCAAUUGUGAUUUUAUGCCAGAGAUGCCUACACCACUGAAGGCCACUAUAAAGGCAAUAUGUGUCAUGCGUUUCCUGGUGUCCAAGAGGAGGUUUAAGGAGAGUUUGAGACCCUACGAUGUGAUGGACGUGAUUGAGCAGUAUUCAGCAGGCCACCUGGACAUGCUCUCCCGCAUCAAGAACUUGCAGUCCAGGAUAGAUUUGAUUGUGAGCCCCCCACCCCCUUCGACCCCUCGCCAUAAGAAGGUAGACCAAAUAGUGGGGAAGGGAGCUGCAGCAGGAGACAAGGACAAACCCAAGGAUGAGGCCGAGCAGCCAGAUGACCCCAGUAUGAUGGGACGCUUGGUCAAGAUAGAGAAACAGGUGGGUGCGAUGGACCGCAAACUGGACUUCCUGGUGAAUGUGUACACCACUCGCAUGGGCAUCACGAGAUCUGAAACAGAGGCUUUACUGGGCUUUAAAAUGCCCGACCCGGCGCCUCCCUACCACAGCCCAGAGGAUCAGAGCGAGAAGAAUGAGAAGGAGGAGAAGGAAGAGAAGAGGAGCAGGAGCGGUUCUGCUCGGGAGUCGAUCAGGAAUGGUUCAGGCAGUGGUGGUGCUUCUAAUGGUCACCACCAUCCACCCAUGUCCUGGAGGCAGCAGCAGCAAGAGCUGCAACAGCGGUACAAGGAUAUGCCUGUGAGCGUGCCGCUGUGGAACAGCAGUCGAGGGGUGUCCCCUGUGGGCACAGACGAUGCCUCUUUGUACCGUAUCCCACCCCCUCCGGUUCAUGACAGCGGGGACAGCGGGCGGCAGCGCAGGUCCCGGAGAUCCAGGCAUCAGGCCGGUGUGGAGAGUGACACGUCCCUCUCCAUCCCCUCAGUGGACCACGAGGAGCUGGAGCGCUCCUUCAGCGGCUUCAGCAUCUCCCAGGCCAAAGAAGAGGAUUACUUUCCUCCUACCAUCCUCGCUCCGUUCAGGGCAGGAGAGAGAGAAAGCAUUUCCUCCAACGCCAGGCCGCGCCUGGCCGAAGGUGAGUCAGAUACAGACUCUGAUCUGUACACACCUGGUGGCCCGUCUCCUCUGUCUUUUACCGGGGAGACUCUGCCCUUUGGAGACCGGGGCUGGCCAGGAUUCAAGUAGACUUCAAGAGGAUUAUAGAAAAAAGAACUUUUACAUCCUCAGAGAGUGGAGAACUUCUUCUGCACCUACUGCUCAGAACUUUGGAAUCAACAUUCAGACAUUUGCAAUUAUCAUAAAAAAGUUUGAAAUUACCUUACCUAAUAUAAAUUUGAUGAAAAUACAGGUAUGAAGCAAUUUUACUCCCACAAACUUUAUAAAUUUCAAACUAUUUCUAAGGUUUCACAAAAAAAAAGUCGUAUAAAGUAAUAACUAGGAUGUUAAACCCAGGAAACCCAGGAAAAAUCUUUAAAACUUUUUUCCUUAUAAUUCCCUAAUCUUAUUUUCUAACUAUUGGCAAUGCUAAUAUAUUAAUUAUAUUCUACUAAAAUUAGUCAUUUUAGAAAGUGCUGUUAAAAUUUGCCAAUUUUUUUUUUGUUUCUAAUAAAUAAUUACAGUGUAUACAUUAUUAUUUAACCCUCUAGAGCAUGAUAUUUGUAUUGGUUGAGAAUAAAAAUCAGAGUUUGAGGGUCCCUAUUAUAUCAGUAAAAAAUGAGAACCACUGAGAACCACUGCUUCAGCAUGAUUGCCUUGUGAUCAUUCAAAAAGUGGUUUGCUGUCUGAGGGCAACACCAUGUCACAGAGGGUUAAGCCUCAGCACCACACUCUCCAAAAGCCUGUUUUACACCAGGUAUUAACAUGCAUUUCUGGGGAUUGGGUCACAUUUGGAUUUUACUUGUUUGUAUUUAAAAAUCUUGUUCGAAUCACUUCCAGGAAGCAUGCUGAUUGGUAAUUAGAUGGUGGUUGUGAUCAGAUCACUCAGACCAUAUUCUGAGGAAAAUCUGAGUAUUAUUAUUACUGUGGAUUUGGGCUUCUCUUGCCCUCGUGCUUUACCUCUGUUGCUCUCACUUUCUCUUAUGUCUUACAUAAUGAGCUCCCUUGUGCUUUUAAAUAGUGUGUCGCAUUUUUUAGGGGGGCUGCUGCAGAAAUAUGACUAGCCUCUAAUGUCCAAAAGGAAAGGAAUAGACUGCGCUCCUGAAUAAUUUUCACGUUCUAAUAAAAAAACAAAUCAAAAGAAGAGAAAUUGGACAGCAACUGGACUGUAUGAUAUCAGAUAUGUACGUGUUUAUUGAGUUAGAGCUAGUAUACUGGCUAUUGGCGUUCAUGUACACAUAAAGGCUGCCACUUAUAUAUUCAACCAGCAGGCAGUUUCUUUAUGUACUGCUUAUAACCCUAACCCUAGUUUCAAUACACUCAUACCAUUAGGAUCCCAAAAAAGUUUUUUUUAAAGUUUUUUAAAUUUUUUUAUCAUCUCUGGGACGGUGGGAUGGUGUUAGUCUGGAGCGCUGCAUCUCUCUAAACUCUAAACUGUUCACAGCCAUCCAGAGUGGCCUAGAGCAGUGGUUCUCAAACAUUUUAGACCAUGUUCCACCCAAAAUUAAACUAAAAAGUCUACUUAAAGUACUACCUAAAGGUCAUCCACAGAAAUAUAGACUAUGCAAGCAAACUAGUAGUGAACAAUAUGGACAACAAAUGUGUAAUAUGUGUAAUAACGCAACAAUAAAUGAAUGCUGUUGA